AUGUCAAAUAAUCCCUCAUUAAUUGCUGCUCAAAAAAUUUUUAAUAGGUAUAAUGAUAUAAUUGAAAAAGACUACGUCACUAUUUAUUCUCCAGUGACUACACCUGUAAAGAAUAAAUCAUCUUCGAAUGCCAAAAUAAAAGUACCGCCCACUGUCAAGAUAAAAUCAUCACCCAAUGUAAAUAAUAAUAACAAUAACAAUAAUUAUAAUAAAGUAAGGCAAUCACCGAAGAUAACCCAGCAACCUCAAAUUAAGACACAUAUAUCGUCGACCCCUAAUGUCAUUGAUCCUAAUAGAGCAGCUUCUUUAGCUCAUCAAAAAUUGAAAGAUUUAGAUUCGUAUACAUGGGAUAACGAUUUAUAUUAUUAUAAUAAUUAUUAUAUGAUUAAUAAACAACAAUCAAAUAAUACAAAUAAUAGCAAUAAUUCUUUACCGAAUUUGAAAUUAGAAUCUUCCAAGACAAAUGAAUCAUCUACCUCUACAAUAACAGCAGAUAUCAUACCUACACACAAUAAAAAUAAAAUUGAUCGGUUAAAGAAGAAAUUUUUCCAUUUAAGAAAUGGUAAUAAUUCCUUUGAUAAUGAUUAUAUAUUUUUAAAUCAAUUAAAAUUUAAUUCUUCGAAUGAAAAUAUCAUAGAUUUAUCUAUGGAUCCAAAUAAUAAUAACUUGGACCCUAACGAGGUUGUAAAAUUUAAAAGAUCAAUGAGAUCGAAUGAUGUAUUAUCGAAUAAAUCGAAAUUAAAUCAUAAACAAAGAUUAAAACAAAAACAAAAAAAUUUAGAAUUACAAAGGACUUUGAAAUUACAAAAUCAAUUAGGUACAUCAUUACAUAAACAAAAUAGAAAAAAAUUACACAAGAUAGAAAAAAAAAGAAUUUCUUUCCAAUCUAGUUCAAAUAAUCAAGAUCGAAAUAAAAACUUAUAUGAUCUGGAUUUGAAUGAUGAUUCUGAUUCUGAAUCUUACUCUGAUAGCGCAGAUUCCUUUUCUUCAGAAGAUACAAUGACAUCCUCAGAUAUGUAUUAUGAUUCAUCAAAGCAAUCUCAUCAUCAUAAUCAUUUGAAUAAUGAUGGAAAGUCACUUGAUUUACAAUUAGAUGCUCUUCUAUUAGAUGAUCCAACAACAAUCACUAGAAAAAGAGAUAAGAUUAAAAGAAAAUUGAAAAGAACAACACAUAUCCAUUCAUUAUCAUAUAUUCAUCCAACAAGAAACUCAUUAUCUUUUGAAAAUUUAACAAAUUCUCAAAAUUCUAAACAAAAUAAUUUUAAAAUUAAAAAUAGAAAUAAUUCUUCAAAUUCUUUAAUUUUGAAAAAUUCAAAUUCAAAUCAAUCAACUGAAAAAAAUUUAACUUCUUCAAAUUUAAAUUCACCAAAUAUAAAUUCAAAUAUUUUUGAUGAUGAUCAACCUUGGAAAUCAAAUGAAAAUAUUGGGUUCAUAACAGAAAAGGAAAGAAAGCGUUAUGAAUCAAUUUGGAUCACAAAUAGGUAUUCAAAAUUAAAUCUUUUAGAUUGGUAUUCAAAUGUAUUAUCACAAGAUAAUUCACAAACAAAUUAUACUAUACCAAAGGAUGGAUUAAUGUUAAAUUUAAUCGUGAAAGAUAUUUGGCAAAGAUCCAACUUAUCAAAUGAUAUUUUAAUGGAAAUCUAUAAUCUAGUAGAUACAAGAAAAGAUGGAACCUUAACAAGACAAUCAUUCAUUAUUGGUAUGUGGUUAAUUGAUCAAUCAUUAUAUGGAAAAAAAUUACCGCAAUAUGUAGACCAAUAUAUUUGGGAUAGUGUUAACAGUUAUGUUAUGAACGCCUUGCAAUCCACAAAUUUAAUUGCAUAUAAUAAAUAUAAGAAAAAAAUCAUGAAAGAUGAAAUGAAAAUUAUUAAAAAGGAAUUGAAAAGAGAAAAGGAAAGGGAAAGAGAAAAGGAGAAAGAAAAGGAAAGAGAAAGAGAGAAGGAAAAAAGACAAUCUUUAAUCAAUUAA